UAUGGGAUGUUAGAGGUGAAAUGGCGCUCGGCGCGGUAUUUUAAACAAUCGUCUUCGUCUGAGAACGGAUGAUCGAAACGAUGCAACAUCGAGUUGGACUAAGCAGUGCACGAUCGAGUGGAAAACUUUGAGGAUUUGACAGCAGUGUUUUGACACACAUCUCGACAGUGUAAGAAGAGUGCUUUGAGCUCGGUGUGCUUUCAGUAACUUUGUGCAAGAUGGAUGUGGUAUCACCUGAGCUCAACAGCCUCCCAGAUGAGAUCAUGGAUACAGAGGCCAUCGCGAUGGAAGAGGAACUCCCUACCAAUCAACUUGCUCCACCUCCCCAAUCAAAAUCAGAGCCGGCACAGGUUCCUAUGGAAACGGAGGUGCCUGAAAUCAUCAGCCUGUGUCCAACCACCACGUCAGAAAUGCAGAUAACCCCGACAUCCACCGAUACUCAGAGCAGCACCAGCUCAGGAACCCAACUCCUCCUCGCUCCCUCCAGCGUUAUGGUUGGCACCACCACCACCACUACAACCACCACCCUCGCCAAAACCACCAGCCUUGCGGUGACCCAGAGCCUCCCCAAAAUCUCCAGCGUUACUGUCCCGGCCAACCACCAACUCAUCAUCAACAAAGUGGCCAACUCCCCCACUGCGGAUGGCAAGGGCCAAAAACUCCUGGUUGCUGGGGUCAGUAAAACAGGGCAGCCCAUUAUGUUGGCCCUGCCCCACUCUUGGAACAAGCCCGCUACAACCCAGGGCGCAGGAGAUGGCAAGGCCCAGCCGACACAGAUCAAAAUGGUGACCACUGUAGGGAAAACUGUGAUGGGAGUGCAGGCUGUGAGCUCAGCCAGUCAGCUACUUGGCACCUCCACACCACUGCAGGCCCAGCAGCUCAAGACUCUUCAGAUCACUAAGAAGCCUCCAGUGUCAACAGCUGGACCAAUGAUCACAAAGCUCAUCAUCACAAAGGCCCUGAACAAUAAAGGACUAACCAAUCCAGCUUCAGUGGCUCCUGUAGUUACUGGACGGGUUGUUACCCAGAGUUCUACAGGAACUUCACCACGCACCAUUACCAUUGGCGAGACGGUCAGCACUGUGCCACAGAAUGUGUCUGGCAACAGCAAAGUCGCCAUCUCACCUCUCAAGUCUCCCAGCAAGCUGACGGUUGUUUCAGUGGCCAGUCAGUCGCCAAACUCUCCGCAGAAGUCUGUGACUCUGCCGCUCAACGUGGCUCUAGGCCAACAGAUUCUCGCUGUUCAACAGUCUGCUGCCACCUCUCCAGCUAAAGCAGGAACCAGCCAGUCCACUGCACAGGCAGUAAAGCCAGUGCAGGCGGUUACGAUAGGAGGGGUGGGCACAUCUCACUUUAAGACCAUCAUCCCCCUUGCCACGCCACCCAACGUACAGCAGAUCCAGGUGCCAGGCAGUCGCUUCCAUUAUGUGCGUCUGGUUACGGCCACCACUGGCAGCAGCACUGCACAGACGGGCGCCAGCACCAACACCAAUCCUUCCAUCCAACCAGCCAAACCUGUGAUGAUGAAUGCCGCGGUACGGAUGUCUGUACCUAUCGUUCCGGCACAGACUGUCAAACAGGUGAUAACCAAACCCUUGACGUCAGCAGCCCAGGUGGUCACUACCAGUCAGACUUCCCAGCGUCUCAUCAUGCCAGCCACACAUCUUCCACAGAUCCAGCCCAACCUUACCAACCUGCCCCCGGGCACUAUGCUUGCCCCGGCACAUGGCUCCGGAAACAUGGGAUAUGCAGUGUUGCCCGCCCCAUACGUUACACAGAUCUCCCAGCCUGCGUUUGUGACUUUGACCAGCAGCUCCACCUUCUCAACAGCUGCACCCAUACAGACACAAGCCAGGCUUUCUCUCAAUGGUUUAUCAUCGUCUGAAGCAACUUCUAGGCAGAGAAAACCUUGUAACUGUACGCGAUCCCAAUGUCUGAAAUUGUACUGUGAUUGCUUUGCUAAUGGGGAGUUCUGUAAUAACUGCAACUGUGUUCAUUGCUUCAACAACCUUGAUCAUGAGAGUGAGAGACUCAAGGCCAUCAAGGCUUGUUUAGACAGAAAUCCAGUGGCUUUUAAGCCUAAGAUUGGCAAAGGCAAAGAAGGCGAGUCUGACAGGAGACAUAGCAAAGGCUGCAACUGUAAAAAAUCUGGCUGUCUGAAGAACUACUGCGAGUGUUAUGAGGCGAAGAUCAUGUGUUCAUCAAUCUGCAAAUGCAUGGGCUGCAAGAAUUUUGAGGAAAGUCCUGAGAGGAAGACAUUAAUGCACCUGGCCGACGCUGCAGAGGUGCGCGUCCAGCAGCAAACCGCAGCCAAAACCAAACUGUCCUCACAGAUCUCAGAUCUGCUCACGAGAACAACACCAGCCAUCACCAGCGGAGGCGAAAAGUUGCCGUAUACAUUUGUAACAAAAGAAGUGGCCGAGGCAACAUGUGACUGUUUGCUGGAGCAGGCUGAGCAGGCGGAGCUUGCCAACCAGCCUCAGGCCAUGGCAGAGCGUCUCAUUCUGGAGGAGUUUGGCCGCUGCCUCAGCAGAAUCAUCAGUUUUGCUGGCAAAUCCAAGGCGGACUGUCCCAUCAACUGCUAGAGCCGAACCUGGUAAAGCCGUGACUGAGAGCCCUAGCAGCGAAUGACUCGGGCCCAAAGCACUGGGGGCCAAACCCCUUUUGCUGAACUUAAGGGCCACUGAGGUCACUUUUACUUGCCCUCAUAUGGAUACACAUGGGGCUAUCCAAUAAAGAGCGACAAACCAGAGCUUCCCAUUGGCCUCUGAAUUUUGUUGGGCAUCCAUCAUGCUGCGGACACGCUAUAUUCAAUAGGGAGGACUGCAGUGCUGCAGCCCUUAUGAAUGGGCUUGCACAAUUUGCUUUCCAGGAAGGGGUUUUAUUUUUAAACAAUCUGUACAAUUUUAAGGUUGAUUAUGGCAUUUGUUUGUCUUUUAAAACUGGAUUUACAUAUUGUCGUUCUCUGUCCUCACAAAAACAUUUGUUUCUUAAUAUUAAUAACCUCAGAAUAUGUUGGGAUACUAAACGAACUUCCCAUGCACAUGUAAUUAGCUGUCAAAUCAUGACUUGUAUACAGUAAGUUGCCUAUACUGUAGCUUCAUUGUAUUUAUUCGCUUGCUGAAGAUUUUUGGCCAAUCCCAAAGCUCUUCUUUUUUUUUUUUUUUUUUUUUUUUUUUUUUUUUAGUGCUUGUAUCAAGUUCUCUUUCAGAAGACAUAGUUCAACAUAAAUAACUCAACCAAUUUGUUUUCAAAGCAUGCAAAAGUUGGGCCAGUUUAUGUUUGCUUGUACUUUCUUGGCAGACAGGUAGAGGGCAGUGCCCACAAGAUUUAAGCAGAGCAUGAAACUGCAGAGCCUCACUGAAAAUCUCAGUACAGGUGUUCUGUACUUUAAAGCUUUAAGUCAAAUUAUUUAAAGGAGAAAGGAUCCAUUUGAAUCUUAUUGAAUUAACUACUUUAUCAAUGUAAAAAUAAUAAAAAAUAAUAACAAUCUAAAAAUAAAUGUCUUGUAAUGAUCAAGUAAUCAUUUUGAAGGCUUUCAAAUGUACUCCUUUAAUAUUUGAAACUUCUUAAUCACGAAGAACCUCUGUAAUGGUGGAAAUUUUCUAUUUUUUAGGUUUGUUUGGCAUUUUUUGAUUCAGUCACUAAACUCUGUUAUUUAGCUCUUAUUUCAUUUUAAAGAGAGAGUUCACCAAAAAAAUUAAAAUCAGUCAUCAUUCACUCACAAUGUUGUCCCAAGCCUUUAUGACUUGACUGACUGACUCUCAGCCAGUCACUGUUUACUUUCAUUGUAUGCAAAAAAGAUGCAAUGAAAGUGAGUGGUGACUGGGGCUAACAUUUUUUUCUGCCAAAUAUUGUUUUGUGUUCCACAGAAGAAAGUCAGUCAUAUGGGUUUGGAACAACAUGAGGGUGAGUAAAUUUUCAUUUUUGGGUGAACUAACCCUUUUAAGACUUUGGUUACAAUUAUCAUUUAUAUUAUAAACUGUAUCAGAGCUUAGUUAAUUGAACCAAAUGUGUCCUUCCCUUACCCACAGUUGGAUUGCUAAAACACAUUUCAAAAACUUGACAAGUUUGUUCGUUAUACCGCAAAAUUCCGAAAGAUUACAAAAAGAAGGGAAAAAAAAUCAAUUUUGCAAAAAGAAAUAAAGCCUAUUUAUAGGACCACUGAUACUUUUGCAUCUAGAUAUUUUCAUAAAUCAAGCAUUUAUGGUAAUACAAAAAAAAAAAAAAAAAAAAAGGUAUAUUCAUAGUAAAAUCAUAGUAAUAAUAUAGGAAAACCAAAACUAUGGUAAUGAAAAAUCAUAAUCCAUUAUGAAAAAAAAAACAAAAACAAAUGGUUACCACAGUGUUACUAUAGUCUCACCAUAGUUAAGUUGUGGUACAAUCAUGGUUUUUAAAAACAAUGUUUCUACCAAAAAAACAACAACAAAAAAAAAGCCCUAAUGAAAAUUAACCAUGGUUUCACUAUAGUUAACCUGUAUAACCAUGUAACCAUAUUUUGUGGUAAGAACCAUGAUUUUAAAAUGGUUACCAUGGUUAAUGUACCACAAAUUUGCCAUGGUGUUACUAUAGAAAAAAAAAUUUUUUUAUAUAUAUAUAUAUAAAACCAUAAUUUUGUCCUAUUACUACAGUUGUACCAUGAGUAUGGUUAAAAUAUGGUUAUAGUUGUAAAAUCAUGGUAGAUUUUGUGGUUAUGGUUUUGCUACAAAUACCAUAGUUCAACUAUAAAUACUGUAGUAAAACCAAACCAUCUAAGUUUUUCAAACAUUGUAUCAGGUUUAUUCAUUUUAGUUGUUUAUAGGCCAUCUUUUGAAGGUUUUCAUAAUUUAUGCUGAUAAAAGGAAUACAAGUGAUCCAGACCCUUUUUUUCCUCUGAAUGCCUAGUAGAUGCAAAUGAUUUUCAGAAGAUAAACUCUACAUGUGUUCAUAUCUUUUUACAUUGCCAAUGCCACACACCAUAUUUGUUUGUUUUAAUUAUUUAACUUUUACCAUAUCUAUCCACACGAUUAUAGCACCACAUAUAACUCAGAAUUAAAAGCUACAAUGGACUGUCUUUAUUUCAUAUUAUUGUGCUCUUAAUAAAAUAGAAUAAACUUUUAUAUAAAGCUUAAGACCUGCAUAACACAUUUAGACCUACAGUAUAAUCAACCUCAACCUCAACCUACAAAAAUGUAAACUUGUUUGAUAUUAAGCCUAUCAAGAUCAUAAAAAAAAAAACUUGCUAUUCCAGUAAACUAUUCUGAAUCCUGAAAGGACAUUUAUACCUGGAGAUUGGCUAGCGUGUGAUCACCUGAAGUACAUAACCUGCAUGCUACAAUAGUCAUAUUUACCUGUGGGGAAAUAUGGCAAGCUGUUUUAACAUUUAAUGCUUUUGUUUGACUCUACAUAAUUAAAUUGUCGAUAGUUCCAAUUCCGUUUUUUUUAUAUAUAUAUAUAUAUAUAAGUUAUAAGCUAUUUUCCAUUGUAUACAUCACAAUUAUAAUUUGACAAAUGAGAGUGGUAAUUAGUGGUACAUCUAAAUAGGCUACCAUUUGACUUUUGUCUCCAUUAGCCAUUAGAUCAUCCAAACAUUUAAAUAAUAAUUUAUUCACCCUCAUGUCAUUCCAAACCCUUAUUAAUUUCUUCUGCAGAACACAAAAUGUUUUGAACUUUUUGACUCUUUCCUGAAUGUAUGCCAAAGUGGUUUUAUUGUGUUCACUUAUUUAACAGCUAUUACAAAGAUAUGAUAUUGACAUUUUUAUUUGGAGGAUAGAAUUUGAGACAUUUCUGAAUUAAGAGUUUGAAACCAACAUACAAAAUCACUGCUAGAGAAAACAAGCAGUUGUGUAAUUGGAAUUGGGACCCAAAACCUUUGUUACUGAGAUAUAGCCUUUGUGACAACUAGCCCUGGUCUCCCCAAUUUUAAGAGGCAGUGCCAAAACUGAUAAUGUCCAAUCUGAUAAUUUUACAUAAAUUACAUUACUUGUGUGGCAGAAUAGCAUUAAUAUUCUUAAAACAUUCUAUUUUUUCGUUCUCCACAAAUGUAGGCAAUUAAAAGAUUAUUCCUUGUUCGAUACAAGUUAAGCUCAAUCGACAGCAAUUAUAGCAUAAUGUUGAUUACCACAAAAAAAAAAAAAAAAAAAAAAUUCAACUUGUCCCUCCUUUUCUUUAAAGAAAGCAGAAAUCUGGGUUUCAGUGAGGCACUUACAAUAGAAGUGAAUGGGUCUGAUCCAUAAACAUUAAAAUACUAUAGCCUACUAUACUACAGCCCCAAGAAACAAUUUGCAUGUUAACAUGAUUUUAGUGUAAUAAAAUUGCUUACUAUCCUUUUAUGUGUAAAGUUAUAUCCAAUUUUACAGCAAUUUUCAAUUUUAUUUUAUUUUAUUAAUUUUUGCAGCUGUAACGCUGCAAGCCAUAAAACCCUAAAAUAACUGUAAAAACGAUGAUUUAAACAACUUUACAGCUCAAAAAAAAAAAAAAAAAACUCCACAAGUUUUAGCAGAAGAAUUGAAGGGAUAGUUCAUCCAAAAAUGAAAAUUCUCAUUAUUUACUCGCCCUCAUGCCAUCUCAGAUGUGUUUGACUUUCUUCUGCAGAACACAGACAAAGAUUUUAGAAGAAUAUUUCAGCUCUGCAGGUCCAUACAAUGCAAGUGAAUGGUGAUCAGACAUUUUUAGCUCCAAAAAUCACAUAAAGGAAACAAAAGUAAUCCAUAUGACGCCAGUGUAAAAAAAAAGACUUACAUUUGUAUCUGUUUCUCACCCACACCUAUUUAGUAAACUAUUUUACAGGGAUGUGUACAAAAUGUUAAGAAAAUGUAAAGAAAAGGGUCCACUUUUUUUGUGUGUGUUUUCAGAUACCAUAUAUGAACAUAUUCCAAUUGGAUUAAGUAAAAAAAAAAAAACAUUAUGUAAUCCCUGACAAAAGUUCAUGAUAAUUAGACAUGGUACAUAAUGGACUGCAUGAGAACAGCAACAAUAAUAUUAAAGGUGCAGUAUGUAAGAUUCAGAAACCCUUGUUAUUAAUGACACCUGUGGCCGUUAAGUGAACUGCAGCCAGCUACCUGUUGCUCGUGCUCGUGUACACACUCCAUAGUGACACCAGCAUCGGCCAAAACAAUAACGUAAGGUACAAAGAGUCUGAACGUGAUUCACCGACAUCAUGCUGACAGAUGAGGUAGCAUAAUUAAAAUUACACAGUUAUGAUUGUUUUACUACAAACUUUGAGACUGUAUAUUAUAUUAGAUUCUCCAGUGCUGGAACAGGGCUUAAACAAAGUGUGGAUAUAGGUCUGACCAUGCGAGACUGUAGUUUGAAGUAAUCACUUUUCUUUGCAUGAUACAUUGACUGCAUUUAUUCGAUAGCUAUGUCAGCAUUAGCUAGCUAGCCAGCUUUAUCAAUAGCUGUUAGCUAAAUUUGGUGGAUGAUGACAGUAUCUGUUUAUAAAAUAGACUGUACAUUAUAAAUAUGUUGAGACAAUUCAGUACUGAUGUGAUUCCAUCACAACUCUCAUUCUGAUAUAUCAAUGCACUAUUGUUUUAUAAGAAUAGAUUGUAUAUAUUUUCUAUAUAACCAAGUUAUGUUACACUAAUUAAUGGGUCUUUUUGCAUUAUCUUGAACACUGUCUAGCAUUCAUUUCAUGUGUUAUUGUAGUUUACCUUGCUGAAUAAUUACAGAUUAACAUUGAUUAUUACAGUUACUGUGCAGGCAAGAUCAAGUUAGCUAAAAUUACACAGAUCAAUCAUUAUGGCACUAUAUUUCACAUGCUUUGCAUUUACCUGUCCAAUAAGAAGAAUGCCAAUUCAGGGUCGGUUUUGAUCCCUCCAGGAAUCAAAUGCCCUGCUGAUGUUCACUCUAGUUUUUGCUCGACCACGAUCACGUUCCCACUUAGCCAGAUGGGAUUCAGUAGAUUAAUGUUUUUUUGGGGGGGACUUACUCUGAGUUUGUGUAGGAGUCGGUGUUGUGCUGGGAGCCGGACAUUUGCUGGAUUCCAUCUCUAAGAUAAAGUUACUUAGUAUUGCAGUUUGUUGUCGCUGUUGAAUAGCAGAAGAGAAGCACUGAGGCAAGGCUCUCGGGAGCAUGCAUAAAUGUCACAUCCUUUGGAUUUUUCUGACAAAACCGACCCACUCCCUUCGCAUGAAAAUCAGUCUACAGGCUUUAAUAGGCAACCUAGGAAGUCCGAGAAGGGCUCAUUUUUUAAGUUGCGUUACAAGCCGUUCACACAUUGGCAAAAAAAAAGGCAAAUAUUACAUGAAAAGUGUUAAAUAUUGCACCUUUAAUUAUUGGGGGGGACCUUUUCACCAUAUAUAAAAAUGUCUAUUGUGGUUACGGCCUGUCGAAAUCUGCAAAAUGG